AUGGCAUCGAACCACCACCACAGAAGGCAUCGUGCCAACAGCAGCAGUUCAUCAGUUGGCAUGUCGCACACGCCUAAUCACCGCGACUCUCACGACUUGUCGUUGUCGCCGCGCGAUGUGACGCGCGACUCUCUCGUCACCAACAUGCUGCUGUCGCUGGAUCAAUUCUCGCUCGGCCAGCAGAGCAGCCAGUCUGACCAGCGAAGAAGCCACUGGGACCCCCCCUCGCCGAGCAAUCACAGCCCCGGACGACCCCAGCACCACAACCUCCGCCACCACCCAUUUGAUGGGGCACCGCCCUGGCUUCCCUCGACGGCACCAAAAUCAUCUGGUCCUGCUGUUCGUCCUGUUGCUUCCUCGCGCUCCCACGAGCCCAAUUCCCAUCACCACCACGCCCACUCGUACAGCUCCGACCUCGACACCGCCGACAGCUCCUCCACCCUCUCCACACCGCCCGACGCGCGCCGAAAUCACACCACCACUACCCGCCGCACGCCCAACAACGCAUCAUCCUCGUCGGCCUCGUCUUCGACCACACGGCAAAGCACCGUCGACGCCGCCAACGCAAAAGUCUCCGCGGCCCUUGCGAGUACGCCCGCCCGCCCCCACCACAAGCAACAUCUCCCGCCUGUUACGCCGCCCACCCGCGGCGCCAGUCUGGCUCCUCACGACAUUUCAGGCCGUCCGCCACGCGCCCACCGCGUCCCCAAGCAUCAGCACGACGGCUACCACCAAUUCCUCGCCGAGACGACGGCCCCGUCCUCCCCGGCCGUCACAACAUCUCGUCGCGACUCGUACCCGCCCCGUCGCAGCAAGAGCGCCGGCAGCUCCAGCGUCCGUAAGCGCACACCCGGCACCGCCACCACCGUAGCCUCCCCGGCGAAACUGCGCCCACCGCCCCUACCCCUGUCCUCGGUCAUUGACUACGACGUCGACUACCUCAGCCACGACUACGAGGCCGCGCCCACGCCCACCGUCCCGGCUGGCCCUCGCCGCAUCGGCGCUGCGGCUUCUUCGCGCGGCACCUCUUUUGACCACGCGCCGCCCUCCAUCGAGCGUAAGCGCAGCUCUCGCACCCUCUCCCUGAGGAGUGCGUCCGGCAAGCUCAGCCAAGCCGCCGCCGCUGCCGCUGCCGCCGCGACCCAGCACCAGCAUAAACACCAGCAACCGACGCCCCCGAUGCCCAGUGGCGACGACUUCGAGUCGGCCCCGGCGCCGAGCGUCGGCUACCGCAAAGCCAAGGACGACGAGCACCGCGCCAAGUCCUCGCACGCUGCGUUCCCGUACCAGCAGCACCCGGAUCAGACGCAGCAGCAGCCGUCCAAAGAGAAGCCCGGCUUCUUUCGCCGCGUUUUCGGCGGCGGCAACUCGUCCAAGAUUUCGCUGCUACCACCAGAGCCGUCACCGCAGCCUAACUCGCCACGACCUCCGUCAUCACCGUCCCGCUAUGAGCGACCGCCGAGCGGCAAACUGACAAAGGAGCAGUCGAAAUCGACUUCGGCGCCGCCGUCCCGGGAUACCUCGUCAUCGCACUCGCACCAGCCGCCGCCCCCGGUACCGCCGCUGCAGAAGAAGACGUCGUCGUUCUUCCGCCGACGUAAGAAGUCGGUGGUUGACGACGCCCCGCCUCUGCCGUCCUACGUACCACCCGUGCCCAAUGUGCCCUUGGCAUCGUUGAGCAACGGGACGAACCCUGGAGCCGACAACCCCAGUCCCGUCAGCAGCCUGCGCCAGGCAUUGGACCCCUAUCUCCGCAACAGCGCUGGAUCGGCCGCUGGUGCCGCGAAGCCGAGUGCGCUCGCCGACAUUACGAAUAUUGUCGCAGGCAGCGGCGACGACGACACCGACGAGCCCAGACCCCAGUUUCAACGCGAAUUUUCGCCCGAUUACGAGCCGAGCCCAAAUGCCAAGAUUCGCAGCGUCCCCAGCGACGAAAAUAGUCACGAUUCGCCGUCCAGGAUUUCUCCGUCGAGGAAAACUGCCGCCCCGGCGACCAAUAAAUCAAAUCCUGCCGCCAAUCAGACCUUUCUCGACUUGGAUAAUGCGAGCGAAGACGAGCGCACGGGAAAAUUCGGGGAUAGGCGCUCCAGGUCGGAGCUUUCCGUCUCUGCCCAUUCUGAAGCGACCGACGUUUCGCAAAAGGACGCAAGCAAAGAUGAGACCAUUCGGGCCAGUAAGAUGACUCCCCGCGUCCUGGAGCAGCUGAGCUCGGGGACCAGCCGCAGCCGCUCCAACUUGAGACUACCCAGCGACAGCCACCGGUCCGCGAGCGUAGGCACCAUGUCGACCGAGACAGACUAUAAAUCAGUCCCUAGCGCACCCCCGAGCGUGCGUGUCGAGGACCUUGACGAAACCGACUCCUCCAAGACCCCGAGCACCAUGGACACGAUGCAGGCCAAGAGCGGCCUCGACGAGCCGCUCUUUGUGGUGGGCGAGCCGACCGAGGACGACCGGGUCAAGGCCAAGAAGAUUUACGACGGGCUGGAAGACUUUAUCCGAAAGGACAAGGCGGCCGCGUGGAUGGGCGAGGAGGGCCCGAUACGGAAGCGUACACUGCAGGCGUAUAUGGAGCUUUACAGCUUUACCGACCAAACUAUCCUAACCGCCUUGCGCAGUAUUUGUGCACGCCUGAUUCUGCGGGCCGAGACCCAGCAGGUCGAUCGGAUCCUCGUCGCCUUUUCCAAGAGAUGGUGCGACUGCAACCCAAACCACGGCUUCAGGGCGACUGAUAUUAUCCACACCAUCUGCUACUCGAUUAUGCUCCUCAACACUGAUCUCCACGUCGCCGAGAUUGAGUCCAAGAUGACACGCAGCCAAUUCGUCAAGAAUACGCUCUCGACCAUCCGACAGGCGCUGCACGAAACGAAUCCUGAUGCCUUUCAGCGCCCGAGCAUCCUCCCCGACCGGAGCCCGAUGCUGGUUGCCGAUCCGCCCGCGGCCGAGCUUGACCGGUCGAGCUUCCGCCACUCGUUCCGCCCCUGUCCGCGACCAGACACGCAGGGCGCCGACGGCGAAGACUGCGGACCGCUCGUUCGGGCUCCGUUCACUGGCCCGUUGCGCGUCUGGGAGGAGCAAAUCGAACAGGUCCUCAAGAGUAUCUACACGUCCAUCCGCGACGACAGGCUGCCUCUGUUCGGCGCCGAGGAUCGCCCCGUCGGCCCGGCCCAGUCGUCGAGCAACCUCUCGGUGAUUGGGAUGCUGAAGCGCACGCCGAGCGUGCUGAGCAAAGCGCCUUCGGAGGGCCAAAUGUCCUCGCGCGGACGCAUCACGGAGGGAAGCCGCAGUGGUGCCUCGCGCUGGACCUCGAAGAGCCGUUCCCGGCCCGGACUAGGACGCAACGGCCUGGCAUCUAGCAGGACUAGCUUCGACGACGAUAACUCCUUGUGGAGCCCUGCCAUGUCUUCGGCCACCUGGAGCCGCUACUCUCUCGGACGCACGCAUGUGUCCAUGUCGCAGGAUUCCUUUGCGUCGUCGAUGCCCCGUGGCGACUACCAGCAAUCGAUUGGCUUUGCUAACGCCCUCAGCCAGUCCAUCAUCCGCGACGAGGACCUCAACGGCGACGAGACGGCACCCUCUAUUAUCAGCAGCGACUGCACCUCGACGCAGCUGCUCGAAGACGAAUCGCUAGAGCUGUCCGGGCCACCCUGGAUCAAGGAGGGCAUGGUGGUGCACAAGCACCACCUGGAUGGGGUCGGCAAGCGCGCCAAGGACCGCAACUGGUCCGAGGUCUUUGCCGUGGUGCAAAAGGGUCAGCUGAGCAUGUUUUCUUUUAAUCUCAGCAAGUCGUCGCGCCACAAGGCGCGGCCGCGGACAGCAGCAGCGCCCGUCGUCGGCGGCGGCAACUGGCAGGACAAUGCCGUCAAUGUCGGCACGUUCAACCUGCGCCUGACGCUGGCCUCGGCGCUGCCAUCCCCGGGUUACUCGCGCACGCGGCCGUACGUGUGGGCGCUCAGCCUGCCGACCGGCGCCGUCCACUUGUUCCAGGUCGGGACGCCGGAAAUUAUCCGCGAGUUUGUCCAGACCACCAAUUACUGGAGCGCGCGCCUCAGCUCGCACCCGCUGGUCGGCGGCAUCAGCAACGUCGAGUACGGCUGGAGCGAGGCCAUUGUGAAUAACUCGCUCGUGGCGGCCAUCAACGAAUCGACCUCGCCGCCGACGACGGCGAGCGGCCACUCGCGCAAGGGCAGCAGUCAGAGCACCGGCAAGCCGACAAGCACCUUUGACCACGGCAAGCUCGCCGGGGACCGCGUGCACAUUGCGCCGUGGUCGCCACCGACGCAGAGCCCACGGCCGAGCGCCCUGUCCGAGGCGGAGCAGCGCGCGGCACUCGUUGCGUACGUGCGCAGCAUCGAGACGGACCUGCAAGCGCACAACCAGCUGCGCAGCCCGAUGCUGCUGGCGUUUACCCCGCGCGGCACCAACGCGGCCAAGGCCAUGACCAACUGGGAGCGCAAGAGCUCGUACCUUCUCCGGGAGAUUGUCAAGUUUCGUACCUAUGUAGAUGGGCUGCAGCAUGCGGAGAUCCGUCGCCGGGAAGUUUACAAGGAGCGCGAGCUGGCGCAGCGGGCGGCCCGUGGGGAUCUGAGCGAGGAUGAUGAUGAGGAUGUGGAGGAGGAGGAUGGCGAGGUUGAGGAGGAAGCUAAUGAUACUCUACGACCGCAGUAA